CUCAUAGCAUCUCUUUCUGCCGUAAGAUCAAGAUAUCUGCUCUUGUACGGGGUAGACAGACAGAAUUCAAGUCUAUAAAAGGAAGUCUAGAUAAUUGAUCAAAAAUGUAGGCGACCAAUGAAUAUUAUCUGGGCAGAACGACUAAUGAGUUUAAUAUUGGUAAGUGUUAAAAAAUGUGAUUGAGCGGACUGUCUACUGAUUGGCUAAUUUAUUGAAUGUCUUAGUUAGCCGUUUAUGGUUAUCUGGUCAACGGUAUUUAGUAAAUCAGGUUGAGCGUUUUACUAAUCAGAGAAAUGGCUGAGGAUGAUAUUGCCGCCCUUGUCAUCGACAACGGAUCUGGUAUGUGCAAAGCCGGCUUCGCUGGAGAUGACGCUCCCAGAGCUGUGUUCCCUUCAAUUGUCGGGAGACCUAGACAUCAAGGAGUGAUGGUGGGAAUGGGUCAGAAAGACAGUUAUGUGGGAGAUGAGGCCCAGUCGAAACGUGGUAUCCUGACACUGAAGUACCCGAUUGAACACGGUAUAGUGACUAACUGGGAUGAUAUGGAGAAGAUAUGGCACCACACAUUCUACAAUGAAUUGCGUGUAGCUCCAGAAGAACACCCAGUAUUGUUGACCGAAGCUCCAUUGAACCCGAAGGCGAAUCGUGAGAAGAUGACGCAGAUCAUGUUUGAGACCUUCAAUGCUCCAGCUAUGUAUGUUGCUAUUCAGGCAGUGUUGUCACUGUAUGCAUCUGGUCGUACAACUGGUAUAGUGUUGGACUCAGGUGAUGGUGUGACCCAUACAGUUCCGAUUUACGAGGGUUAUGCAUUGCCUCAUGCUAUUUUACGUCUGGACCUUGCCGGCCGAGAUCUUACUGACUACAUGAUGAAGAUCCUGACUGAGAGAGGUUACAGUUUUACUACCACUGCAGAACGUGAAAUUGUCCGAGAUAUCAAGGAGAAGCUUUGUUAUGUUGCUUUGGAUUUCGAACAGGAGAUGGGUACUGCAGCUUCUAGUUCUGCUUUGGAGAAGAGUUAUGAACUUCCUGAUGGUCAAGUUAUCACUAUUGGUAAUGAGCGAUUCAGAUGUCCAGAAGCUCUUUUCCAACCUAGCUUCUUGGGAAUGGAAGCAUCAGGAAUACAUGAGACAACUUACAAUUCCAUCAUGAAAUGUGAUGUGGAUAUCCGUAAAGAUCUGUAUUCGAACACUGUUCUGUCAGGUGGAAGUACGAUGUAUCCUGGUAUUGCAGACCGUAUGCAGAAAGAGAUUGGUGCUCUUGCUCCUAGCACUAUGAAGAUCAAGAUAGUUGCACCACCUGAACGGAAGUACUCUGUAUGGAUUGGUGGUUCUAUUUUGGCUUCGUUGUCGACAUUCCAACAGAUGUGGAUUUCCAAACAAGAGUAUGACGAAUCUGGUCCCAGUAUUGUUCACCGUAAAUGCUUUUAAUGGCUCCAUUAGUUUGUACAAAUGAUAUAAGUAAAAUCACUAAAUGAAAACGUUUCAUAAUUCAUGGCUU